UUUCUCCUGGUAGGAAAGCGAUAUCUGCUAACAGAAGAUGAUAUCAAGCUACAAGAAUUUCAGCAAACAAAAAUGGCUAUUAGAAAUGAAGUUCAGGGCAACAAAGAUCCAUAUUUUAAAAGUAUUAAAGAAAAACUAAAGAAAAAUGGACUGAUUCUCAAACAUGAAUUAAAAAUUUUACUGCAUUUGUGUCAGACUACUUCUGAUGUGGAACUAGCCAGAAAAGUUAUUUACAGGUACCAUGAGCAGAAUGGAAUUACAUCUCUACGUGAUUUUAAAUUUGGGCCCCUAUUUAUGAGACUGUGUUAUGAGCUGGACCUUGAAACACCUGCAGUAGAACUUAUCAAAGAUCAGAACUUGCGUGGUUUUUUCUCAGAGAGUACGUCAUUCCAUAUUCUGAUGACAAUGUUAUUUAAAAAGGGCCGUUAUGAAAGUGCUCUGGAAGUUCUCAUAGAAAUGAAAAAACAAGGUAUACCUUUUAACAGAGAAACCUAUCUACUAGCAUUUGCAAUAUGCUACAAACUGAACAGCCUGGAGUCUUCCAAAAUCUCUGCAAAGCUGCUUGAAGAAGCACAGUUAAGAGGUGACACAUUACCAGUGAGAGCAUUCUACUUUGCUGUGGCCUUUGCUCUGAAACAGAAUGAUGUGACACAAGCCCAAUUCUAUUAUUCUCAGAUAAUGAAAACAGAAAACAAAUUAUUCAACAAUAUUAGUGUUCUUGUCAAGCUCAAAUCUGGUUCAUUAGAAGAAGUAAUAAAGACAUUAGAGGCAGCAGUGGAAAUAGAUACUCCCCCCUUUGUGAAAAAAAUUGAGUUUUCUGAGCAGGUGCUGACUACAGUCAGGGAAAAGAUGGAAGAAAACCCUGUCCUUUCUGCCAGAUUAGGAGAUAUUUAUAUGAGACUGCAAUCUUCAGGACGGAUAACUGCUUGCACGCUGGAUGACAUGCUUUUCCAGGUUCCUCAUUCAAAGAAGAAUCGUGCAAAGCUUUUAAAUCAAAAGCAACUGGGUUAUCGAACUGCUAAACCACUUCACUCAGUUCUGUUGUUGGAGUAG